ACAGAGGAGCAGGCAGUUCACCUCCUGAGUCCUGACCUCUAGUCCGUGUCAGACCUACCUCACUGAACCCCGUAUCGCUAAACGGGGAUCGAUUUCAAAUUGACUCUGGUAUUAACCGCAGCACAGCCGGGCAGUAACGGACCAGCAAGGCUCCUGGACAGAAAGUCGCUGCGGAAUAAGCUGUCCUGAAACACGGUUCUCUAAAGAAAGCAGCAGAGUCAGCCUGAGUUACACUACGUCGUGCUAGUUGUGGUGACUGAGGAUGAGGAGAGAUGUACGCCAUGACCACUGCAUUAUUUAUUGGUGUCGUGGGUAGCCACUAGUGCGCAAAAUUAGUAAUUAAAAAAAAAAAAAACGAGCUGCAAAGGGGAGGUUUCAUAGCCGGGUGAAGCGGAAGCCGGAGGAGGAAAGAAGGACGGACGAACCAGAGCAGCAUAGAGCUAAUAAUGGCGUCUCUGCAGGCAUGCCGAGUCCCUGCAGCCGCAGCGCUUUGUAAAUCGGCAGUCUUCUCGGUAAUAACGUUGCUAGUGUUGGGCGCAGUGGCACCGCAGCCGGCGCUGGGGAAGAGGCACCAUCAGCGCACGAUCACUGAGAGGACCUGGCAAGAUAUACUGGAGGGAGAGUGGAUGAUUGAAUUCUUUGCCCCGUGGUGCCCAGCUUGCCAGCAGCUUCAGCCAGAGUGGAACGCCUUUGCAGAAUGGGGGGAGGACAUUGGGGUCAGUAUCGCCAAAGUGGACGUCACCGAGGAGCCAGGGCUGAGCGGUCGCUUUAUCAUCACAGCUCUUCCAACCAUCUACCACUGUAAAGACGGUGUGUUCAGGAAGUACGAGGGAGGCAGGACUAAGAAUGACUUCCUGAGUUUCAUCGACGAGAAGAAAUGGCGCGAGAUCGAGCCGGUGUCAUCCUGGUUUGGACCCUCAUCCUUCCUAAUGAACACCAUGUCGGGCCUGUUCAAGCUCUCCAUGUUUAUAAGGCAUUGUCACAAUUACUUCACGGAGCACCUGGGCUUGCCGGUGUGGGGCUCCUACGCUAUCUUCGCUCUGGCCACCCUGUUCUCUGGCCUCGUUCUGGGGCUGAUCCUGGUGUUUGUGGCGGACUGUGUGUUCCCCUUCCGCAGAUCCACUCCUCAGAACUACCAGAGGAAGCAGGCUCUGGACCAGGCUCGGAUCAUGAAGAGGCUAGAGGCGGAGCAAGAGGCGGACGGGGAGGCUGACGAGGAAGACGAGUAUGAUUACGAGGAGGAAGGGGAGGGGGAGGAGGUUUGGAGGAAGAGAGGAGGAGGAGGAGGACGUGGACGCGGCAGUGAGCCCGAGGAGAGGCACAGCAGGGCCAGAGAGCGGCUCCAUGCACAGGAAGUGGAGGAGGGCUCCCCGGAUAUGCUGCGCAAGAGAAACCCUGCCACUGCUGUCCAGGGCGACCCCUAGAGGACGGGAGUGGAACUGCAUGCACCUCGUACACAGUGACUGGGAGAGCUGAACUGAGUCUGCAGUGUGGCUUGAUGCCGGUGCUCUUCAGCUGUCUGUCUGUUUGUCUGUCUAACCUUACUGGAGGUGUGCAGGAAAUUAACAUUGGACUACCCCUUUCAAAAAAAAUAAUAAUUAAAGCAAGACUUCGGCUUUCUCUCUUAUGUAAUGUUGCUUCAAUAUUCAGCCAUAAGAUGGCUCUCGGAGCUCAGUGAAAAUGAUACUUAAAUUCUGCCUAAAAGGGAACCGAUCCUAGCUGCAGUAUUCAACUUUCAUUCAGUUAGUUUUUUUUGUAUUGCUUAAAAGCUGACCUGUCGAGAGACAGAGUUCAUAUUCUUGCCUGUCAGUGUUUUUUUUAAGCUCUUGGCAUGACUCCUCGGUAGUGUUCUAGCUGUGCUCUCUCCUCCACUUCUGCAGGCAUGACCCCUCAGUUGAUCACAUACUGAACCACAUUGGAAAGGCACCAUAUGCAGCUGCUGCUGCUGAUCCUGUACUAGUUCACAUUGUGACUGGUUCAGCGUGGCUGCAAUGCUGUUUAGAAGCAUUUGUUUUUUCUCUGCUAUUUUGUAAUGUUUUGCAAAGGUGGGUUCCAGACUGCUGCAGAGAAUAGCAGAAUGUUGAGCCUAGCUGCGGAAAGGCUGUCUCCUGUACAGCAGUGUUGAUUUCAAAUACUCUGCAUGUAUACUGACACCUGAAAUGUACAAAUAUACACCACACAGGGCAUUACAAACUGCUAACGUUGCACCUUGGAUUCAGAGCUGAAAUAAGUCAAUUAAAAAGAAAAUUUAAAAAAUGCCAAGAA